AUGAUGAACUCAACACAACUCACAUCAUUUAUCCUAGCUGGAUAUAGUGACAUUGGACACUUAAAGUACUUGUAUUUCAUUAUAUUAACUGUCUUAUACGUCUCCAUAGUUUUUGCGAACACAGUGCUUAUUGUGGUUAUAUGUAUGGAGAGAAGCCUUCAUGAACCCUUGUAUCUGUUUCUGUGCAGUUUGUUUGUAAAUGACUUGUAUGGUAGCACUGGUUUGUUUCCUGCUCUCAUGACUCAUUUGGUUUCAGAUGACCAUACAGUUUCCACUGUGUGCUGUUACCUACAGAUAUUUGUCUUGUACACAUAUGGAUCUACUGAAUUCAUCAAUUUAGCAGUCAUGUCCUACGACAGGUACCUUGCUAUAUGUUAUCCACUACAGUAUAACGUCAUCAUGACACCCAACAGGGUGUGUAUUUUAAUUUGUGUAAUAUGGUUGUACUCUUUUGUAAAAUUCACCAUACAACUGUCUUUAACUAUUCGUUUGCGAUUGUGUGGAAACGUCAUAGACAAAGUGUAUUGUGACAACUACCUGGUAGUUAAACUUGCCUGUUCAACUUCAGACACGACAGUUAAUAACAUCUCUGGACUCUGUGGUAUUGUUUUGACUGUCGCUGUCCCUUUAAUUACUAUUGUGUUCUCUUAUAUUAAGAUUCUGACCAUUUGUUUGAAAUCUUCCAUGGAGACCAGACAGAAAGCUUUCAGCACCUGUUCUCCUCAUCUGGCCUCGCUGCUCAACUUCUCUUUCGGCUGUUUCUUAACUCUGCUCCAGAGUAGAUUUGAUAGCCCUAUGAGAAAUGUUCCAACUGUACUUCACACUAUUUUAUCAGUGUACUAUCUGAUGUGCCAGCCACUUUUAAAUCCUAUUGUGUAUGGAGUUAGGAUGGCUAAAAUCAGACAGGCUUGUAAUAACAUACUACCUGUAGGUCUGUACCCUAAAACAUAA